AUUCAAAAUAUGUAACUGUCUUUUAACUGUAUUGUCUUUCCUAAAUUUCCCAAAUUUUCAAAUGAUAUGGCAGCCCUAAAUGGUUUGAAGCUUGACUAAUAUACGAUAUAUUUCGAUUGCACACUUCGAUUGUCUCGUGUCUUUGCUUGCGGCUGGUUCCUAGUGAGACCAUUAAUGCUAUAUUUAUUUUAUAAUUUUUGGAAAAAAGUAUAUGCAUGGUAUAAUUGGAAACCCAAUAAACGAUCGCUAUGGACAAGACACAAGAAAUCGAUGACUUAAAAAGUUUAAAGUGAUAUCGCCGGCGUUAUCGAUGUUUCUCUCACCUCCAAUUGAAGAAAAUGAUGUCGCUUUUAUCGUCGAUGCGCGCCCUUGCGGUGCGCCAGCCAACUGGCGAAGCGUUGCGUUGCCUGCACCUCACCGCGGUCACGGAUGCGGCCAGAAAAGGAACCCGUGAGAAGGCACGUAAGAAGAAGGUUAAAGUGGAAGUGAAGAAGGUGGGAUUCAUCCCACACAACCAGCGUGACAAAAAAAUCAAUGUAAAGCGAGCGGAUAAACAUGUGGAUGACUCCUGGAAGCAGGUGUCCAAGGAUGAUGUCUACGUGGGUCGCUAUUACCGCUGGCCCGUUUACACAGUGGCCGAGGCGAUUCAGUGCCAUCGAGAGACACAUCAUCCCAGCAUGUACAAUGUGCCCAAUGCGCCGCUCAAUGUAGAGAUUGAGUUGAACAUGCAGGGCGAGAAGGCGACACGUUUUGUAGACAACUUUCAGCGCAUGGCGAUGAUUCCACACAAGUUUGAUCACGGUGAGGAUCGUAAGAUCAUAGUAUUCACAAAGGGCAACGAGGAAGUUCAAGCGGCACGUGAUGCGGGUGCAUCGCUUGUUGGUGGUAUUGAGCUGAUCAAGGACAUCACAAGUGGCGAACUAUUAUUGACCGACUAUCAGUACAUCAUUGCACAUCCCAACAUACUCGCUGAACUCGUCGCUUUGCGUGGCUUAAUGAAGCGCAAGUUUCCCAAUCCCAAAAGCGAAACACUGGGCGCAAAUCUGGCCGAAAUGAUUGUCAAGUUCUCCAAUGGCAUUAGCUACAGUGCUAGCAAAGAUGAGUAUCAACAGAACUUUGGUCUGAUAACGGCGAGCGUUGGUACGCUGGACAUGGAUGCCAAGCAUCUGGAGGAGAACAUUAGCUAUCUGUUGCGAGAUGUGAACACAGCGCGUCCCAAACGCGAUGGACACUUUAUAACACGUGUCCUGCUGAAGAGUGCACCUAGCAGCGAACAAUUAAAGAUUGAUCCGUUUGUCUAUGUGUCGGAAUUCUACGAUAAGAACGCUGCCAAAGUGAAGAGAGACGCGGAAGCAGUGGAAGAGACAGAAACCAAACAGGCAACUGCCGUGGCAAAUUAGUUUUAUGUUGUUUUUGUUGUACUCACAAAAUCAAUUGCGAUGAAUCCAUAUAUCCAAUACAUGCUUUAAACAUUA